AUGGGCAUGGAGAUUGGAGUGCUAAGCCCAAGCCUGGGGUGGAGUCUCCGUUGCCCGAGUCUUGCAGGCGCGCUUGCCGCGUUCAGCCUUUCCCUCGCCCUGAAGGAGCGGACGGGGCGGGCGACCUUAAAGGGAGCCAAACGGCUCCGCUUGACCCGGGCUGAACCCUCCCGCUGGCCACCAGGGGGCGGCCCAGACCCUCCAGAGGCGGAGGAAGUGGCGCUUCGCUCAGCCCCGCUCGCUCGGCGGGCUGCGUGUUUGCGGGUUUUUGUUUUAACUCGGAUGCGGGCUUUCCCCAGAACUUACUUCGCAAACCGCAUCCGGCUCCUCCGCGAAGCGCCCUCGCCCGUUCAGCCGGGCAAAGCCGGGCCGCCGCUGCUGCGACUUCAGCGUCGUGUGAAACUGCGAAAGGGGGUGUUACAAGACAGUGCGAACAAAAAGAGGGAAGAAAUGAAAGCGGAACGUCUCAGGAAAAGCGUGGCUUUGUUGAGGGAAACCAAAGCUGAGCGGGCAAAUAUCACCCAGCAGUGGAAAGAGCUACGGAUAUUUCUUGAAGUGCAAGAGCGACUCGUGUUGCGGAAGCUGGAAGAGCUGGAUAGAGACAUCGUCACAAGGAGAGAUGGGACCAUUCCCAGGGGCUCUGAGAAGGUGCAGGUAAUCGAGAGUGGAGAAGGCGAUGGGAAUCCACUGGUGAAGAGUGCCAGAAGGACAGAAAAGAGGAAGAAUGGGGCUUUUCCUAAGUUUGAAAGCGGCUUUGUGGAGCUAGAACAAAGGAUAAACCAUUUUUCUGAGAAGAGGAUUGUAUUGCAGGAGGUGCUGCGCACAUUUAAAGAAAUUUUGCAGCUGGAACUGGGGAACAACGUAGGCCCGUGUUUCUUGCCUGAUUUCCAAGGAAGAUCAUCAUUCUACUCUAGGUUUCUCCAUUCCUGCAGAAGACGCAGCGAGGAGACAGUCUUGUUCAAAGUUGCUCAGGAGCCGCUGUCCUUUGAGGAAAUAGCUGUGCAUUUCACCCAGGCAGAGUGGGCUCUCCUGGACUCACACCAGAGAAACUUGUACAGAGAGGUCAUGGAGGAGAAUUAUGAAAAUGUGACCUCAUUAGUUCUUUCCCUCAGCAACUCGGAUCAGAACCCCUGCACAGAAGAAGAGGACGAGGUAGUUUUAAUCCAGUACCUCCAAGGCACCAUGGAAGGAAACAGGUGUGAAGUCAGCAAGACAGUGCAUGAUGGGCAGUUAUGUCUAAAAGAGAAGGAAACAAAUCCGCUGCCAGAAAAGCCCAAGAACAAUGUAUGUCAGGAUACUUCUUUGAGACAAGGCAAAAAAAAAUUGCCCCAGGAUCAGGGUGGAAGAGACACGCCACAGCAUCAGCGCAGAUCAGAAAGGCGGAAAAACGCUGAACAAGGGGCUAGACAGGAGAAACCGGUGUCUUCUCACAAUGACUGCCAGGAUAUUGGUAAAAGCACUGCCCAGAAGCAAACUUGUAAAGAAACGAAGCAAAAGGAAUGCCCCAAAUGUGGGAAAGUGUUUAGUCAGAGUGCGCUUUUUCUUAAGCAUAAGAGGGCCCACAUGGGAAAGGAGCCCAUUCAAUGUUCAGAGUGUGGGAAGAUCUUCAGCCAGAGCACACACCUUACAAAACACCAGAGAACACACAGGAAAGAGAAACCUUAUGAAUGCUCAGCCUGUGGGAAAACCUUCCACCGGAGUUCCCAUCUUGCUUCACACCAAGGCAUCCACACAGGGGUCAAGCCAUACAAAUGUUCCGGUUGUGAGAAAAGCUUCCGGCGGAGGCCUGACCUUCGGAGGCAUGAGAAGAUCCACACGGGAGAAAAGUCGCAUAAGUGCUUGCACUGUGGCAAGAGCUUUGGCCUGAGUUCCACUCUAGUUAAACAUGAAAGAAUUCACACCGGAGAGAAGCCAUACAAAUGUUCAGAUUGCAGGAAAAGUUUCAGUCAGAAAUCUCAUCUCAUUGUCCACAGGAGGAUCCACACAAGGGUUAGGCCAUACAAAUGUUCUGAAUGUGGCUACAGCUUUAAUCAGAACUCACAUCUCACUGCACAUCAGAGAACCCACACAGGAGAGAAACCCUUUCAAUGCACCAAGUGCGGCAAAAGCUUUAAACUGAACGCGGCAC